GAGCAACAACCAAUAUCUCGUCAUAUUUUACCAAUAUAGAUGAGUUAUUGACACUAGUAAAGAAUCCUCUAGCACAUGGCAGAAUAGGCCGGUGGAAAGUAUUCCAGGACUAGUAGCAAUUAUCAAUGUAAGUUAUAACCACACUAAACAUGGAAAGCCAGUUGAACUACCCUCCUUUAAAUGACCAAAUGUACAUUAAUGAGCCAGACAGGCUCGAAGACAUUUGCGUCAAAGUUUUGGUUGAAAAUAAAGAGCGUUGUUUAUUUCAAAUACAGAUAACAGAAGAAUCAAAACUAGAAAUACGAUGUGGAAUUUACCUCCCAGCCCUUGUAGCAGACCAACUGUUCAAUAAACUACUAAAGAUAUCAGAUUGUUACUGUGUAUCUGGUCCCUGUCCUGAAACCAACGUAUUUCGAGGUUUUGAUUCUCCGACCCUUAACAUAGUGGAGUUACUACAGAGCUUCUCCAAUACACAGAAAUGCUGUCUGAACAAUGUCCAGUUUAAUGCACAAACACAGUUGAAUUCUGAAGUGUUAGGAAGGCUAUGCUCUACACAGAAUAUCCAAAACAUCCAGAUUUCCAACUCCACUGUUACCCCUGAGCCCAGCUUUCUACAACAUUUACUUCAUGAGAAGACACACUCACUCACCCUUGAUAAUAUAACGUAUUGUGAAGGUUCUAUCAUAGAGCCAAUAUGUAUAAGCAGGGAAUCACACCCAAAACUUAGGCACCUCAAGUUCCGUGAUGGGGAAAUUCCCGCUUACUCGUGCUUCGUUAACGCUGACUCACCACCCCACCUAGUGGCAGUGGAGUUAUCCAACUUCUACGAGAAGGGAGCGAGUCAUAAUGUUGAUUUGAAAAGGAGGGUGUCAAAAAUAAGAGAUUUGUUGGAGGUUAACAAAGCUGGUAGUGGAGAUGCAGUUCAAGGGAAGCAACUAACAGCAACGGUACAGGGAGUAUUAAGAAGAUAUGUGGAGACUGUGGAUAAAUUGGAAGCACCACAGACAGUGAAUGAAGAGAAACUUCUUCUACAUAGUUGUUCGCUACUUCUUAUGCAGUAUAGGUUAGAAUCAAUGAGAGAAACAUUAUGUUCCUUGGUAUUAUGCAACACAUUAUUUACCGGUUCUGACCUGAGCACAAUAUUUCAACUUAAAAAACUAAGACACUUAGACAUAAGCAUGCUCCCACCUAUGAGAGGAGAGAAUAAGCGUCGACCUGAAACUACAGUUUAUAAAAUAAUGGAAGAGUUGCCCGCAUUAGUGUCACUUGAUGUGGGAGGAACCAAGAUUGGUGAUCAUCUUUAUAGGGAUGGUAGGGUGAAAGAAAUAACUGGCGAUAGAUACCUAAAAGAGACCCCGCCACGUAAACUUGAGUUCCUAGGUCUCUAUAAUUGUGAGGGCUGUGAACUCAUGGAUAUUUAUUCAUUAGCUGAUACUGUUGUUGGAUACACUGGUGAAGUUCAACUGUUGGCUUCACUAACUUAUUACAUGAAUCGUGCUACUCCCCUCAUGUACAUUGUUGGGCAAGCACGGCAAUUACAAACUGUUCAUAAUUUGUCUUGCCCACAACGCCUUACAACUUUAUUGUUAAAAGUGCUGCAAUCACAUCGUAGAAACCGAACAAUUAUUGAAGAAGUUACAGCGAAUCUGUUUUAUCUUUCAAGCACCUAUUAUACAACGUGCUCUAAACAACAGAAAAAUGACAUCAUAACGGAGUUGAUAAUAUCAAUCGAAACAUGCCAGGACAUGAAAUACGUUGUUCGUAAUUCUCUUGUUAGUUUGUUUCACUUCGAUAUACCCGGUGAUGUGAUAUUUGCAUUUGUGAAGAUAUCCAAAGUAAUUCUCAACACUUUACUUAAAUACCAUGAAGAUGACGACAUAGGAAGGCAUGCCAUACAUUUCUGUAAUGCCCUAGUAUGUUCAGUACAGUUCGAUAUGAAACGUGAAGCAUCCAAAGUUGGCUUCGUACCAAUUAUUGUGAAAAUAAUCCAAAUGAGAUUGGAGGCAAAUAUGCAUGAUGAAAUACUAGAAGUAUUAUGGGGAACCCUAUGGAAUGUAACAGAUGAGACUCCUGAGAAUAGUUGGACCUUUAUUAAUUUAGGAGGGCUACAGCUUUUACAGGAUUGUUUUGCCAAGUUUCCAGAUGAACCUGAACUCCAUAAAAGUAUCAUGGGGCUGGUGGGCAAUAUUGCUGAAGUGAAAGAAAUACAACCAUUGCUUGUUAAUUCUACUUUAAUACAAUUGUUCUGCGAGCUGAUCUCAAAAGAAAGUCCGAACAUAGAAAUAGCAUAUAAUGCUUGUGGAACUUUAUCCCAUCUUAUGUCGGAAGGUUUGUGGACGAUCGACCAACCAAAACAAGAAGAUGUUAUUUCUAUUAUGACAACUGCAAUUGACUCAUGGGAGAUUGAUUCUAACAGGAAUAUUAAUUAUAGGUCAUUUAUUCCCAUACUUAAUCUUGUUGAAAGUGAAGUACCAGUUUGUAUACAUUGGGCUGUGUGGGCGUUCCGUAAUUUAUGUGGACAAGAUGACCGCUAUAUUAAAAUGCUUCUGAAAGAAAAUGGUCGAGAAGUUUUGUCUCUAGUUGAAAACAAAAACGUCGGUGAAAACACAAAAGAAAUGACAAGAUGGCUUCUACAAAAACUGGAGUCAUAUUCUCAAGAUCUAAAUAACCAAUACCAUUUACAUUCAUUAUGACAUCACAAUUAAACUAGUCCUUCAUUUUGUGAUGAAAUUUAAAAAUAUGUUUGCAAAUAUAUCUAUAUAGUUUGUGCUUCUUUUAUACAGUAGUGUUGUGUUUAACUUGUUGUUACUACAUAAUUCUUUUUGUUGCUUUUUAAUAUAUUUUACUGUGUCCGAUGAUUUCAGCUCAUUUGCUUUUAUUAAACUUGGCGGAAGAAAUUAAAACAUUGUUUAUUUAUAUAGCAAACAUAUUACUUUCUAUUCAGAAAUACAAGCUGUCUU